CUCUACAAGAAACGUUUCUUGUAAACUCAGCCCACACUCGACAAGUAAAACAGAACCGACGGCGACGGUGGAAGUCAUCGGAACCCAGUUUGACACUGCUCGCAUCCCUUUCAACGCACAACACCAAAUCGUCGUCGUUUCCAGCAUCUCUGUUGAUGCAGUGAAGCUGAACCAGUUGUAAGAUCAACAAUGCUACAAGACAACCUCAAUGAAUUGAAUGAGAGAAAGGUCAUUGUUAUGAAUGAAUUGCAAAGCUUAAGAGAGAGAAUCGAUAAUGAAGGUGUUAAAGCUGUUGUGGACAAGUUGGUAUUGCUUAAGAAGUCAUUGAAGGAGCUUGAGAGGGAAGAAAAUGAAGUUGAGUCUGUAAGUAAUUCUGAAUUGGAAGAUGAGAUUCAUGAUUUGGAGGAGCAGAUAGAAAAUGGGAGUGAUAGACAGUCACUCUCUGAUAGAUUGAGUUGGUUGUUGAGUGAAUCAGAGGAGAAAAUUAAUUCAGCUAAACAGGAACUUGCAUCUAGAUUGAGGGCAGUGCUGGCAGUACAGCGCAAGAUUGAUGAUAUUCCGUGCCAAUCAGAACUUGUCCAGUAUGAUCACCGAUUGUCAGAGUUGAAUGCUCAAAUUCAAGGAAAACUUCGACAAACUCGUAAAUACUAUGCCACGUACAACGCACUUUUGGAGAUAAAGGAAAUGAUGCUAAAGGAAGCAUCUUUGCUGAAUUCAAUAAGUUCACAGUUUCAAGAUGCAAUCACUAGUACAGAUGGUCGCAUGAAACUCAUUAAUUCAAUGGAGGGAAUUAUGAAGGGCAGUCAACAGAAGCUAAAAAAGGUAGAACAAGGGCUUCAAGAAGAGCAAAAAGUUUGUGAUUCUCUCAAAGCUAGGCAUGUUGCAGCAACUGCAGAGCAAAGACGCUGUUAUUCCCUCUUAAAAGCUUUUCAGGAGGAAUGUGCAAAGAAUGAGCUACUUCGAAAAAGUUCCAAAUAGAACAUCUGGAGCAUGUGAAUGGAGGCGUCCAACCCGCCCUCGCCAUCUCUCAUCAACGGAAUGCUUACUCAUGAAACUGAUACAACAGGCUAGAAAUUGUUGUAGAUCAAAAUACAAUUCGUAUCAAAUAACUUCGCUGUUGAGCUUCAGUCAUUCUGUUGUGAUCUAUGAAGUUGUAUGUGUUCUCUGAUAUUAGUAAAAUGAUGUGCAGUAUCCAAGAGAUGCAUGCUUUGACUCGGCACUUCCUACAUGAGUAAAUCUGAACAUAACCUGACUGUAAACCAUGUUGUCAUGUUCUAAUCUCACUAUUGGUAAAUGAGUAUGUUCUUAUAGUUCAGUAGUAU